CAGCAGCAGCAGCAGCAGCAGCAGCGCGUUUUAACCUUAAUUAUCGUUGAACAGCUCAGCCGACUCGCGCGGCUCGGGAAAUAAUGCCGAAGGCCGUGGCUGGGACGACAGCCAGUUAACGACGACUCGGAGAGAGAUCGGACUUUGCGAACGUUUGUUUACUUACGCAGCCCCUGUACACUACAGCUCGCUUUGCACUGCGCGAAUCGUCGGUUCUUUCUACACACUGGUGAAUUUUUACGGUCGAGCCGAGAACGACUGCUGCCAGAGCGAGAUAGAGCGAGAGAGCGGGUUACUUGGGCACACGCACGCACACAUUUGCGCCACCGCGCGCGCAGAGGAUAUAUAGUAUAUAGGAAAUAAUAUAUGUAGAGUAUAGGGGCUGGGGCGAACCUUACGUGUGUGUAUCGUAGAUAUAGGUAUAGCUCAUACUGCCGACUGCGCCAACAAAUCAGCAAACCCAAAUACCCAAACGCGAGGUGCAGUGUUGGCUGUGCGCGUGGAGGCGCCACCUUCCGCGAGCUCAAGCGGCGGCGGCGGCGGCGGCUCUCGCGAGUCCCGCGGACGGAUAUAACGUGAUAUAGUGAUACAUUUUAUAUUGUGGAUAAACGGCGUAUACGUGGCGCCCCGUUGCGGCGUCGGAGCUUUCGAUCGCGAGUUGAAGAGUUAUCGCUUAUCAAAUUAUAAUUAUCAGACCUUUAGAAUUUUUUGGAGUAUCUCGUUGGGUAUUUUGAUAGAUAAUUUCUAGAAUGAAAUUAUCCAGUACGAUUGCAGCAUUGGAGGCUAUAAAUUGUACACUAUACGUUAGACCGUGAUUAAAGAAUGAAGGAUUUUGAAAUCAACCGGGUUGCUCCAUGUUUUAUGCAGGUCGAUUCACGAGUCCAAUAUGAUCGUCAGUAUACCAAUAAAUGACUUCUCUGUAACCGGUUGCGGACAUGAAGAUUAGGAUUAUUAGCUCAACAACAGACCUAUUCAUGGUUUCGGGCAACAUGGUUCUGUUGAUGUUCUAGUUUUCACAUAUAAAAUAGAUAGAUAUUAUUUAUGUUUUGUAAAUAAGUGAAUUUCCGAAUGCAUCUCGAGUGAAAUUCAAACCGUUAUCCAACAAUCUUUCAAAUAGUCGAAGUGUGAGAUGUCGGUUUUUAAUACCGAAAAAUUGAAAACUGAGAUCAACACGAUCGCUGAUAAAAACUCAGAAAAAAUGGACUCGCCGACCACAACGUCAGCGCCAAGGAGAAGUAUUUUAAAGACACCAAGUACUACAUUCAAGGAGAUUAUAGAGGCAGAGGAGAACAACAGAUUUGGAAACAAUGAUUUAGUACCAAGGCCACACAACUUGGAUGAAUUCGUACAAAAAGAGUCGCUGAACGCAAAUCUUGAGAUGAAACCAACUUUCUCAAUAGAAGACUUGGAUGAAGACGAUGAAGUGUGGGUUGUUGAUGUUCCAGGCACAAUUGAUCCUCUUCAAUUGAAAGGACAGACUCUUCAAUUUGGGGACAAGUCCAAAAUAAAAAUUGGUGAAGAUAAGUAUUCGGCAAUCAAUAGAAGUUGUAAAAGCAAUUUAACAUGCGUGCUCAAUAAGGAUAAGACCUCACAUGUCUAUAAAACAGUCAACAUCAAACCAGCAGGCUCUAUAAGCAUUAGGCGGAAACUUACUAAUACGUCCAAGAAAAAAAUAGAAUAUCAAAAGACAGGAGGAGUGCCAUAUCCUAAAAACAUAAAAGUGAGACAUCCAUUUUUUGGAGUUGCAGUGGACUCAUCUUCAGUGAAAACUGAAAAACAAUGCUAAAACCUUUGAGCAGUCAUUGUGAAAAGUGAUUUAUCUAAGUUUAUUAUUAUUAGAUAUUAAUUUAAAUGUAAUAUUUUUGCUACGAAAUAAGUAAACAUUACUAUGCUGUACAUACAUAUAAAUAAAAAGUUAGUUAUUUAAUAUUGGACACUAAUGCAAUCUUACUGUUUUAAGUAAGAAGAAAGAGUACAUAUUUUUCAUAUACUCCUUUAAAAUGAAAAAAAUGCGUUACACAGCUUAGUAGCUAGCACUAACAUAGACUAAAAAAUAAACAUACGUUUUAAAAAAA